AUAUAUAUGUUACCAACUUCAGUAACCUGUCAUUGAAUCUUGACAUUUUCAUUUUCAUUUCCAUUGACCAAAGGCUGACUAAUAAGCAGAUGGAAACAUCUCAAAAAGGAAUUCAUUAUUUGCUACUUUUAAGAGUUUAGUCGAAGUAACACUAAUUAAGGAACUCAUCGUUGUCUAUCCCAAACUUGGUUAUUAUCAGUAAGACCAACCUUUCAUCACUAUCUCAGCAAGACAUGACCAAAUAACCCAACUGAAAUUUAACCAAAAAAAAGGAAGGACCCGAACAAUACAUCAAUCAUUUUAAUCACAGUAGGCCAAGCCAAGCACAUGAGAUUAAUCGAGAGAACUUAUGGCAAGAAACUAGCCACGCAAAUAAGAAAGAGAUACACCAAACUUAAUACAGUGUUAAAAGACUAGUUAAUAAUACAAUUAAACAAGAGUAUUAAUGGAUGUGUACGUACCUUCACAAACAGUAGAGACUAUUGAGACCCUCCCGACCAAGGCUAACGAUAUGAGAUGUAACUGACAGUUCUUCAUGUAGGGCCAAGAAACAGCUCAAAGCUGUGAACUUUGAUGUCCCUAUAUUGUCUGUGACCAUGCACAUUAAAUAAUUGUGUUUUGCUUUUCCAGGUUUAAUUUAGAAUUUAUCUAAAGGGGCAACAACAAAAUGAAUUGAUCACAAUCUCUCACUUAGCCACACUAGGCAUACAAUAACACUGAGAAGAAGGUAACGAUAAAUGAACAACUCGACGUACUCCUGCAUCAGGGCAUUACGUUCUAGUACAAAGGUAGAAAGAACAUAGAAAAACAAGAUCGUGAGGCUGUGACCACAAGUCACACACACAUAAAACCGCAUCAACUUCAAAACUUUCAAUGGAAUAAAAUAACGAUUAUGUAAAAGUAAAACUCUUAAUCCCAUUGACGAAGAAUUUGUUAAGGGUAAUUAAGCAGACUCAAAAAUAAAAGUAAGUCAUUUUGGUAUGUUUUAGGAGUUUAAUUGAAGUAACUGCAACGCAUCAUUGUCUAACCCAAACCUUUGAUCACUCUAUUAUUCAGCAAUAAUAUCAUCCAACUAAAAGUCAACAAAACAAGAUUAUUGGGCCCUUAACAGGCUUAUAAACAGAGUCGACUAAACUAUUAGCUAAAGGGGCUAUAUGAACCUGUUACUGUGGAAGAAAGUUUUAGGCCUGAUUCGUAAAUUAAUGUAGUUUCGGGGGACCGAUUUGCAAAAACGGCCUGCGAUUUGAGCUUCCGUAUAGAUUCCGAUCACAACUAAAAGCUCAGAGAAGAGGGAAUCGAGGGCUCUGCGUGAUCAUUUUAACCGGAGAAGAGAUGUCGAGCUCACAGUUUCGGUAUACGCAGACGCCGUCGAAGGUGGUGCACCUGAGGAAUCUGCCGUGGGAAUGCGUGGAAGAGGAGCUCAUCGACCUGUGCAAACGAUUCGGCAAAAUCGUCAAUACCAAGACCAAUGUCGGAGCCAAUCGCAACCAAGCCUUCGUCGAAUUCGCUGAGUUGAAUCAGGCUAUAUCGAUGGUUUCGUAUUAUGCUUCAUCUUCGGAGCCUGCGCAGAUUCGUGGGAAAACUGUUUAUAUACAGUACUCUAAUCGCCAUGAGAUUGUCAACAACCAGAGUCCUGGAGAUGUCCCUGGGAAUGUCCUCUUGGUUACCUUUGAAGGAGUCGAAUCUCACGAUGUCAGCAUCGAUGUCAUCCAUCUGGUGUUUUCUGCUUUUGGAUUCGUUCACAAAAUUGCCACUUUUGAGAAAGCUGCUGGUUUCCAGGCACUAGUUCAAUUCACUGAUGUGGAGACUGCUUCAGCGGCAAGGAAUGCGCUAGAUGGAAGAAGUAUACCCAAAUAUCUACUUCCAGACCACGUUGCCUCUUGCAAUUUGCGAAUGUCUUAUUCAGCUCAUACUGAUCUAAACAUCAAGUUUCAGUCCCAUCGUAGCAGGGAUUACACAAAUCCAUACCUUCCAGUGAAUCAUACCGCAAUGGACGGGUCUAUGCAGCCUGCUUUGGGUGCUGAUGGAAAGAAGGUAGAAACUCAGAGCAAUGUCCUGCUUGCUUUGAUUGAGAAUAUGCAGUAUGCUGUCACCGUGGAUGUUCUUCACACGGUCUUUUCAGCGUAUGGGACUGUCCAGAAGAUUGCUAUAUUUGAGAAGAAUGGUUCAACACAAGCCUUAAUUCAAUACUCUGAUAUAGCAACGGCGGCAAUAGCUAAAGAAGCAUUGGAAGGACACUGCAUAUAUGACGGUGGCUACUGGAAAGAGAUUAAUAACUGAUGCCUGCAAGAACCGUAUGCCUUUUUUCUCUUCAACAAUUCAGUGAAAUCUGUAAAUCAACUUCUUUUUAUCUUUUUUCGUACUAAUAAUUCUCUUCCUGUAUCUGUGGUGCUUGAAUGAAGGCUUUUAGCGACAAAAGCAGAGACUACACACUACCUGAUCUGAGCCUACUCGUGGGCCAAAAUGUUCCCGGAGUGGCUGACGCUUCUGCGCCAACAGCUGGUUGGCAGAAUGGGCAGGUGCAAACUCAAUACGCAGGUUAUGGUGGAAGUCCAUAUAUGUACCCUUCAGCUGAUCACGCAGGGGCUUCACCUUCUUCUGGUCAUCCUCCUUACUAUGGUUGAUCCAUAUAUUUGUUUUCUACAUAAUUUACGGAUUUACUGUCAGUCUAAAGACCGAACUGGGAGUUUCUAUGUCUUAGGUUUCAUCCGUUUGUUAUGUUUCAGUUAAAAGUGUGUGGUUGUUCUUGUUUUUUUUUUGUUGGUUUAAUAGACAGACGUUUAAGUGGGGGAAACAGUAAUAAAAUCAGAACGUGCUUCAAGUA